AUGGAUGAUUCAGUAUUUGAUCCAGAUGCACCGAAUGUUGAUUUAUCAAAAAAGAAUGAAGCAGACGGCCAUGGAAGCGAUUCAGAAGAUGAAGCAGCUCCGGAUUUCGGUCAAUUAGCUGCCCUUGCAAGUCGAGCACAAGCUAAGCAAGGAUUGUUGCAAGAUGAUUCUACAAACCAGAACACUCAAUUCAUACCAAAACGUGGUGAUAAGGACUUUGAACCGACCGGAUUUACAGGCCAGAAGAAUGCUUUGGAAAACAGCAGAAAGGCAAUGUUUGAUGUGAUAUCCUCGCAGAGAAUCAUAAACUCAAAGUCGAUCUCCAUCGCUACUUGGCAUCCUCAACUAAGUAGAGCAAUCGUGCAUUUGGUAAGAGGGCAAACGUUUGCAUCAAUGGGAGUCUCUAGAAGGGUGGCAGUACUGGAAGAUGGACAAUUUGAGGACUUGGCUCACAUCUACCAAAAAGAAGGUAAACCAAUAGCUUCCAGCAGACUGGAACUGUUACCAGAAGAGGCUCUGUAUUUAGUGGAGCGUGGCUCGCUUGAAUGUCGAAUCUACCACAAAUCAAACGGAUCGGGAACCGUUGAGGAUAUGCGGGACUAUGAUGACAUUGUUGAAAAUCCAGAAUGGGUGCCAAUGAGUCUCGAGCAAGCAUUCUCUACAAUACUCGGUGUUGAUGGACUGACAAGACCGCACUAUCAGCUGUAUGCAUACCUUAAACGAUUAGGUUAUAUCGUCCAACGCAAGAGCAUAUCCGAUCAAUUACGCAAGAUCAAUGCAGCCACAAAUAAAGCUAGCCGUGAAUCUUUUGAGACAGAGGGUAUCAUCGCUGAUCCUCAUCAUCCGUUGCGUCUUUUGACGAUCUUCGAUCUUCUUCUGUAUCCAAUCCGGCGGAUCGUCCAAAUAGCAAGCCAUGGUCUGAACCGUCUGCAAGGCUUCUUUCGUUCCUUGCUUCAACGGCUCAGGAAUUGGUUCAGCAAAGUUACAGCUGCUUCAACGAAUACAUCAUUCAUGUCUCGACCAGGUUUAUUGGGUAUCGGCACUUCGUCAUUUUCCGGCUAUGAUGAAGUGUUUGAUCGACUCCGAAUCGUUCCCACGGGUCAUGACGCAAAGCUGAUUCGACCUGAACUCAAACAACAACAAGACGUUGCACCAGAAAUAUUCUACUACGCCUGGAGACCUGCUACACAUUUCAAGAAGAGUGAUCCUCCGUUGCCGGAAUAUCAAUUAGCCGUGAUGGACGUUAGACAUACAAGUUUACCGAGCGCAUUCGCAUUUGCAGAUCUAUUUGAACAUAUACCCGUUCCACUUUCAACGCAAGAUUGGGAACAAAUGGAUGAAGAAGAACAAAGGGUUUGGAAGAUGGCAGAAGAGCAAAGGAAGAGAAACAAUGAGAGUUAUGGAAAAGGAGCCGUGAGGAAAGCUCAAGCACUCAAACAGGCAAAAGAGGCACAGGAACAGGGUCAUGAUGGUGUCAUCACCUCACAGAUCAGCUCCAUCGAGAGGAUAUGGCAUCGAUUCGUUAGCCUACUGGGCUUCAUCUCGACCCUUUUCGCACACCUUCCGCCUGGCUAUCAAGUGCCAAGAAGGACAAAAGGUCGUCAUGCACAACGUGGUGGACAGCAAAACCGACUCGUCAACGUCUACGGGCCACUCAAAUCGGGACGGCGGAACAUAAUCGUUGCCGUGAACGAUUGUGGCACGACCAGCCUUCUACGAUUCGGAGAGGCGGAAUUUGAACGAUGGCGUAUCGCAGGAACCGAACGACAGGGUCGAUAG